UUUUUAAUUUCUUGUUCAUACCUCCCUUAUCUCUCUGUCCAUAACUUGUCUCUUUAACACAGUUUAUCUUCAAUUCUUGAUCUCUUCUUCUUAUUAAACUCCCCUUAUAUAUAUUUUCCAUUCCCCCCUCAUCACUCCACAGAACUCACUACACAUAAUUCAUUUCAAGAUUUUAUCUGACAACUCCCAUUUUCUUGCCUUUUGUCUUAAUUUCUUUUUUGAUAAUUUCCCUUUUCUUAGUUUCCCUGACAAUGUCAAGCAGAAGAUCACGUUCUAGACAAUCUUCAGGAGUUUCCAGAAUAAGUGAUGAUCAAAUCGCCGAUCUCGUUUCUAAGUUACAACAACUUAUUCCUGAAAUCCGUAAUAGGCGUUCUGACAAGGUUUCAGCUUCAAAAGUGUUGCAAGAAACUUGCAACUAUAUAAGGAAUUUACACAGAGAAGUGGAUGGGCUAAGUGAUAGAUUAUCACAGCUUUUGGAAUCAACUGAAAGUGACAGUGUUCAAGCUUCUAUUAUUAGAAGCUUACUUAUGUGAUGAUAGCAACUUCAAUUAGUAGCUAUAUAUUAGCUCAAAUUCUACUUAAUUAAAAUUUCUAUUAAGAUGCAGCAGUUAUUAUUUAUUAAUUAGGGUUUUGGCCACUAGGUCAAAGUAGGAGAGGGACCAUGUACUUGGCUCCAUUCCAAGGGGUUUUUUCUCCCUUUUUUUUUUUUUUAUAAUUUCCAUCCGAUGUCGAGUGCCUGUUUUGGGGCUGAUUAAUUCGGAUUCGCGUUGUGCUUAGACUAGCUAGCAUUAGCAAGCUAUGUCACAUAUAUAGAUUUAAAAUAAGAGAGACGCCCCUUUAUCUA